AUUUCAGAGAAUAAAAGAUCAUGCCUUGAAUUCUCUCAUCUAAGUAUAAAGGAUUCCUUCAAAGAUUUGUUUGUUCCCCAAAUGGAGAUUUCCUUGAUGUUGUAUACAAGGAAAAAUCUCAACUGUGCUGAGCCACUGUUUGAGCAGCAUAACUCCCUUAAUGUUAAUUUCAGUAUAAGCAAGAAAACAGUCUGGCUUAUUCAUGGAUACAGACCAACGGGCUCCUCUCCCACAUGGCUUCAGAACUUCCUAAGGAUUUUGUUGAAUCAAGAGGAUAUAAACAUAAUUGUAGUAGACUGGAACCGGGGUGCUACAACUUUUCUUUACAACAGAGCAGUUAAAAACACCAGAAAAGUUGCUGUGAGUUUGAGUGGGUACAUUCGGAAUCUUUUGAAGCAUGGAGCAUCUCUUGGUAAUUUUCAUUUCAUAGGUAUGAGCUUAGGGGCUCAUAUUAGUGGAUUUGUUGGAAAGAUAUUUCAAGGUCAACUUGGAAGAAUAACAGGUCUUGACCCUGCUGGGCCAAAAUUCUCUGGAAGAUCAUUUAAUGACAGAUUAGACUACACUGAUGCCAAGUUUGUGGAUGUCAUCCAUUCCGAUACCAAUGGUUUAGGCAUUAAAGAACCCUUGGGGCAUGUAGAUUUUUAUCCAAAUGGAGGAAAAACGCAACCUGGCUGUCCUAAAUCCAUUCUUUCAGGAAUUCAGUUUAUUAAAUGCGACCACCAGAGAGCGGUUUACUUGUUCAUGGCCUCUUUGGAAACAAACUGCAAUUUUAUUUCAUUUCCUUGUCCUUCAUAUGAAGAUUUCAAAGCUGGUUCAUGUGUAGACUGUGACAACUUCAACGAAAAAUCAUGUCCUAGGCUAGGUUAUCAAGCUGAGCUAUGGGAAGAUGUUUUAAAAGAAAAGAGAGAAGAGACCACUGUGUUUUUGGAUACUACUGGCGCAAGUCCAUUCUGUGCCUAUUAUUUUGUUCUCACUAUAACUGUUCUGGAUAAAACUAUAGAGGAUGGCUAUAUUACAUUUAAAUUAUUAAACCAGCUUGGAAUGGUUGAAGAGCCAAGGCUCUAUGAGAAGAACAGAUCAUUUAAUGAGCUCCAAGAAGUCAAGAUUCUUGCUCAAUUUUUAAAUGAUGUUGUAAAUAUUUCAAGCAUUGGUUUGGCAUAUUCUCAGAGCUCACAUUGGCAAUUUAUCACAGGCAGAUACAAAAUCCAGCGUAUCAUGUUACAGUCACUUACAUAUCCAGAAAGACCACCACUUUGCAUAUACAAUUUUGUACUUAACAAAAAUGAGGAAGUAUUUCUCAACCCGAGCACAUGCACAUCAAAGGAAAUAUAAAAUGCCUUCUUCCAUCAGAUAUAAAAACUUGCUUGCGAAUUAAAGAACUUCUAAAAGAAUUCAUUGUUCAAUCUGGGAUUCAGAUAUUUCUACUUCCUGAAUAAAU